CUCGUGCGUGGGGGAAUUCUACCUUUUGCGGAUGUGGGAAGCUGUGGGCAUGUCAAAUGAUGAAAUUGGUGGGGCACAACACCGCCAAGGCGGUGAAGAACGUGCCUGAACUUAGCGUCGAUUCCAUCCAUCUGUUAAGCGGCAGAAAAAAAAGUCACCCAGGCCACCCACUUUCCAGAGUCGAUUUGACGGGCAGGGGAAGAGCGAAACCCUCCGGCCUCGCCUUCAAGAAUGGAUCGAUCAGCUCGCACGAUGCCUGACUCUGCACUUAAGAAGCGGAGGAGACCGGAGGAUGAGACGCCCCAGUCAAAGAAGAAGGUGGAUUUUCAACAGCAACCAUCCAUCGCAUCUUCCUUCUCUGUCACGAAGCUUCGGAAGCCGCAGGUUUCGCCUCCUGUUGUAGCCCUUACACCUGGAAUUUCCCUGCCCGAUUCAUUCCCGUUCGACGUCUAUGAAAAGGAUGAGCAGCCGACUGCCAAGCGACGAAAGAGCGGCGGCCUGCCCACACCGUCCGAGAUGGCGCUGCACUCCGCCUCGCACAGGACAAUAGACUACACGGCCCGGGAAGAGCGCUGGAAGAGCGUGGAUACGUUGCUGAACCAUUUCCUGGCCAUCAUUGACCCGCAGUCUGGGGAAGUCGAGGUCAUCCAGGCCAAGAAGAUGGUGGUUCGGGGGACGGUGCGGUCGAAACAAGCGCCGGCUGAAGCGAUGGAAGUUGGCGCUGGCAAACCCACGCAUUCAGAAAUGAAGAUGGAGCUGGGUGAGGCGUUCGGUACCAAGAAGGCGAAGAAAGCCCUCCAGGCCGUCGCAGAAAAUGCCAUGCUGGCCGCCAAGUCUCGCGGCAAGCUGGGCGAAGACGACCGCGCCCUGGUGGACACCAUCGAAGAUGCCAGCCACCACAUGGCGACGCGCGAGGAGCUGCAGGCUGCUCUCGACUCGGCUCGGCCGGUCCCGCGGGGUAAUUUCGACGCCAAGGAGAUCCAGGAUGUCUAUGUCCCGGCGCAGAUCAUCGGCGCGGAAGUCCUCAAUGCGAUACCGGUCAUGGAUUGGCAAGAAAAAGUUCAGAAGCACGAAGACGUGCUGGUGCCUUCUCGUUUUGUCGCAAACCGCAUCGUACGUGUGGCUGGCAGCGAGGAUGUGCAGAGAUUGAAGCUCCUGCGGUACCUGCUCUGGGUUCUCAUCUUCUGGAGCACAACGAGGCAAGGCAGAGAACGCGGCACCAGGAGCAUAUCCAGGAGGGAGAAGCUGCGGGAGGACUUGGCGCCCGCGCCGGAGGUGGUGAUUGAGAACAUCCGCCGCAAGUUCUCGGACAGUGGCGUGAUGCGCAAGACGCACGUCGACUUGCUCAUGACGCAUUGCUGCGUCUUUGCCAGCAUCAUCGAUAAUUUCGACGUCAACACGUAUGAUUUGAGGGAGGAUCUCAAGCUCGAGCAGAAACAGCUCAACCAGUACUUCAUGGAGAUUGGGGCCCGGACCAGGCAAUCCAAGGCCGGCGACAAGGUCAACCACUUCGCCAAGCUCGCUCUGCCGCUGCAGUUUCCCAAGAUGAGGCAGGCGAUCAGGCGGAGAUGAGCAGCGAGAAAAUGACGGAAACUGGGAAAUAUAGUCCAUGUUGUGAUGGCGGUUUUACAUCUACCGGUGUGGCUACUUGCUCUGUAUUGUGCAUCCUCGCUCCAUAUGGUGUGUGUGUCGGUGGUUACACAGGAACUGGCCACAAGAACGGGCAAUGUGGAUCCCGACCGCGGACACCGCCCCGAUGGAUCUUAGACAUAUCCACUAGACCACUGGUCUCAAAACAAUGCCGAGCCAACAAUAAAAUAACUAAGCUGUAACCUCGGGCAUGUCCAUCACG